AUGGGCCGCUUGAACCUUCUAUUCACAGCUCUAUUGAGCGCUUCUGCACUUUCCUCUACUUCAGCUUAUGAUGAGCCUAUUUUAACACCCCUUCAGCAGCCCGAGGCCCAUGACGCGACGACUGGACCUUCCAGAGGUCCACUUCCCUGGGGAAAGAUCAACUUUAUCCACACUACUGAUACUCACGGAUGGCUCGAGGGCCAUAUGAACGAGCCUAGCAGUGGCGGGGACUGGGGGGACUUUGUCUCGUUUGUAAAUCGCAUGCGUGACAAGGCGAAUGACUUGAAGGUUGAUCUUCUGGUUGUUGACACUGGUGAUCUACACGAUGGAAACGGUCUCAGCGAUAUAUCGAAGCCCAAAGGCGCCAUUUCCGAUAGCAUAUUCGCCAAUGUGGAGUACGACUUACUCACAAUCGGAAACCAUGGCGUUCAGCAACUGGACGAAGCGAGAAAUAUUCAGGCCAAUAUUUCGAAGGUAUUCGCUGACCGAUACUUGACUAGCAAUGUCUACAUCAAGGAGGAAUCAGAGGAGCCAAUCGGUGAACCAUACCGAUACUUCACGACGAAGAAUGGAAUAAGAAUCAUGGCAUUCGGCGUAUUGUACGACGACAAGAAGAACGAUCAGAAGAUCCAGAUUGACAGUGCCGCGCAGAUGAUGCAGCGGUCCUGGUUCACCGACGCUAUGGCAAAAGAGGUUGAUCUGUAUAUCCUCAUUGGACACGGCUCACUGCGAAGGACUCGCAAAAAUCCAAAGGGAAGCGAUGCUUUCUUAGAUUUCGAGGACGAACUUCGAAAGAAACUCAAGUCGGCGAAUAAGAACAUUCCCAUCCAGGUGAUUGGUGGCCACACACAUAUACGCGACUUUAGAUGCUUCGACGAAUUGACCUCAGGCCUGCAAUCAGGGAAGUACGGAGAUACAGUGGGAUGGCUUGCUCUUGACAACAUUGAAAUCAAGAACUGGAAAGGGGCCACAACCCUGACAGGUGUUCCCACGCCGACCAGAACGUGCCCUCCUACGUCAAUGAUGACCUUCAGUGCAGAGCCUACGUCCUCCAAAGUGCCUCACCUCGAUCGCCGAUACUUAGACUGGAAUGUUCGGACAUUUAUGUAUCAUGCAACGGGCCCUAAUGAAACAGACAAGGGCAAGUUUGACACCCCACUCGGCAGAAAGGUCACUCACGAUAUUACCUUCGCGCGCCAUGCCCUCAACCUUACAUACGUGUUGGGAUGCGCUAAGCAAACGUGGUGUUUGUGGUGCGUCAAUGAGACAGACAAGGGCAACAUUAUGACAUUGGCAAAGCCAGCUUGGAAAGAUACUGUGGUGAAUUCUAAGCGUCGCAACAAUCCACGAGCUGCCAUAAUAACCGGCACCACAUUUCGGUAUGACCUCUUCAAGGGCCCUUUUACCGUCGGGGAUGCCCUGGCUGUAGUUCCAUAUACAGACACUUUCUACUAUGCGGAAGUCGACUUUCAGACCUACUUAAGAGUUCUGACCGAACUAAAAAUUACACGGUCAUCUACGGGCAGCACUGAUGAGCCGUUGCAGGAUAACGAAGAGUCCGACUGGGAUCCAACUCUUAUGCUGCAGGGAAGCCAUUCUAAACAGCAUGCUCUAUUGUCAAACGUCCUAGGCGAGCCUCCAUUGACUCCUGGGUAUGUCACAGUUGAUGACUUUGGUGCCUACGGGGAUGACACCAACCACACCAAGUUUAAGAGUAUAGGUCCGAAUUUAAACUUGACAUACGUUGAGGCCAACUUCCCUCCGCAAUGGUCCCCGGGUCAAAAGCUUGACCUGGUGGUUACAGCACAUAUGGAGAAAAAGAUCCGACCAAUCGUGCAGCCUAAUAAGCCAAACGAUCGUCUCCCCUUGUACAUGGACGACAAAUUUACAACGGGGGAUAUCUUGCCCGAGUAUGCGAGGCGUAACUGGAACUCUAAUACAACCCAGAGUUGUCCAAUUGGUAGGUAG